CUCCAUCUUAACUGUCCUCCUAUUCAUCGCAUACAAGCCGAAAACCUUUGAAUUUCUCCAACAUGAAGCAUCCCUGGAAAGAGACUGCGCCUGGGCGAGUGGAGCGCGGACUGGACAGCUCUGAACGAUUCCUCAAAGCCGUUGCAAUUCCCUUCAAACCACUGGGGAGAGAGAACUGGGCACUCAACAUCAUUCUCAAUGUCUCAUUCGGAUCAGAGAAGGAAACAAAGGAUGGGGUAGUACCUGCGCUCCGAGAGGCGUGGGUAAAGCUGCGGUACCACCACCCGUUCAUCGCCACUGACAUCCAGCUAGAGGAGAACAAAUACAAGUAUUCGACACCAACCGAGGAUGUAAUGGAACAAUGGGUUUUGGAAUCGUUCUUCGUCCAUGAAGACAUAUCAGUCGACCAGUUCCUCAUCCAGGCGAUGUGGGCUGAGGCGUCGUCUGUGCACUACUUCCCGCAAUCAUCAGAGAUCCUGUUGAGAACGCACCACUGGCUGAUUGACGGCAUCGGGGGCCUGCACUUGGCGAACCGCUUUCUAGAGCUCUAUGCUGAAGGGGCUGCAGUUCCGAAUCCUCAGUUUGGUGACGAGAUUAAAAACCUUCCACCUUCUCUCUUCGACGCGGCAGGAUUCCCUGAAAACGCCACUGGGCCGGGAGUAGUUCAGAAAGCACAAGCCAAGUUCAUGGACUUUGCGAGCAAUCUACCCUCAAUUGGUUUGCCAGUGGAAGCAUCUCCAAUGGGACCAGGAGGGACAAUCCGUAAGCAUAUCAGUUUCGCACAGGACAAGCUUGAAGCGCUGUUGGCUGCUUGCAGGGCCAAGAACAUAACCAUUGCUGUCGCGGUUCAUGCAGCGCUCGCAGUUGUCACCCAAGAAAAAGCAUAUCAGUCUGCACUGGCAAAGAAUUUCACUACCGUGGCAUUCUUCGAUUAUCGAAAGUAUUUGCCGGCACCUUACAACGAUACGCGACAGUAUCCCAUGGGCGUAUAGAUGCUUGGAUUGCCUUUCUCUUUACCUCCAGGGGACUUCGCCACCCAGACCGAGGCAUGCAAGAAAGUUUACAAGCAGCCAGUGGGGCGAGAUGAGUUCCCUCUGUUCGAUGCUUAUGAGACUUUCUGUGGGAUGAUGGCAGAUGCGUUCGGGGCCCCGCCACCGCCGGGCCUCCCGCUCCCAUCACAGCCUCAGCUAAGCAGUAUUGGUGUAGUCGACGGGAAGAUCCAAAGCUUGUACCAAGGCGCAAGGCCCGUAUCGGUUAAUCGAGUGGAGCCUGUUUUGGAUUCAAUGGUUACAACACCGUUGGUCUUCCAAUGGACCUUUAACGGGAUCUUCUACAUCAACGCAUGCUUCAACCAGAAUUGGCAGAAGGAAGAAUUCAUGGAGGACUUCCUGCAUCGUAUUGGCGACGUGCUCAUGGAGGGACUGAACGUAGCAUAGAUAA